CGGAACUACAGAAUUUAGCAAAUCGAAAAAUGAAAAACAUAACGCUAUUGAAUUUUAUGAUUUAUGUUAUUGGAAAAUCAUUUUUUUUCGAAUGAUUUCUUCAUUAGAAAUUUCAAAUUAACGAGUUAAUCUUUUUUAAUUUAAAAAUUCGUUGAAAUCUAUUUUACGAGUAGGCUAGGAAAAUCCUGAAAAAUAGAUUGAAAAUAAUAAAUUAUUUCCACGCAUUUGUAAAAAAAUUACCAUCACACGUCCGAUUGGUUUUCAAUGCACAAUUCGGAAAGUGGCAGAGGUUUGGAGCGAGAAACGAUGAAGGUUUUGCUUCAAAAAGUGGUUGCUUUUAUUUGGAAGAAGUGAAAAAAUGACGUUCGAAGAGAAAUCCCAUAACAAAGUCUAGCGAAUGUGCCAAAAGUGGUAGAAAUCGACUGUUUUUGUUGAUCGUGUCGAUUAGAACUCCAACGAAAGGUCUCAGUCGUCGAUAAAAUUCCCGAGAAUAGCACUGAUUCAUGGAAAAUGGUGAGUUUCAUAAUGAAAUUUGAAAAAUCGUCUGUUCUUUCGCUACAAAUUUGUAAAAUUGCAUUUUCUCAUGCACUCAGGGCAAUUACAGCGUUCGGUUCGUGUGUGUCCACGUGCGAUAAGGCCGGACUUGGGCUUGUCCUAUUUAGACGUGCACAAAUGCGUGAUCCGUGUGGUUGAAUUAAUGCGAACGGUGCGGCGGAGAUAGGCUUCGUGAACACUUACAAUAAAUGGACGAUGGCUGACUAUAUCUGUGUAUACCGGCGUGUCGAACGAGAGAGGAGCGGUUCGUUUUACCGAAUCCGUUCAAACGAUGCUUCAUCACGAUUUUUACUGUACUUUUUCGGGGAACUCUGGAAAAAGUGAUAGUAAGGUCUUCGUAAUGAAGAGAACGACGGAUCGUCGAACGCCAAUCGAUUGUUCUCGUUUAUCAAGCAUUUUCAUUCGGUUUUGAACCACUACGAUUUUUUUUUUCAUUUCGCAUUCAAGCUCAUGAGUUUAAAUCCUUAUUUCGAGAAAUUUUCAGAUUUUGAUUGAAAUAAGAAAUUUUAGUUUGCUUAUGGAAUUUGAGUGGAUCGUUUUAAUCGGUGGAAUCGUAAAUUUCAUCACCAAACGAAACUCAAAGUUGACAUCCCUCGAAGACCGCGUAAUUUGAUGAAGAGCUCUCAAUAAACGAUUGUUUACUCGUUUACUGAAACGAUACGUGAUCGUUGGAGCAUUUACAGCGACAAUCAAGCUUUUCAACCCCUCUCCACCCGCACCUUCCACUUCCUUCCGGUUUCCGAAUGAGGUUCCCCGCCAGAGUCUCGCAUGAAGGCCCCUCCCUCCCUCCCUUCUCGAGAGUUCACCGCUUUCAGAAUUCCUGAAGCACACCGGUCUACCGAUCGAGAACGCGAACAGACCUAAAUAGUACACCGUCGAUCCAACACUCGAUCUCGUACGAGAAAAACAAGUGUAAAAUUUCACAUUCGGUACAUCGGUGUCUUGACGAACGACAAAACUUCAUAAAUUUCACCAGAAGAUUAAAAAACAAUGAGAAAAAUUCGUAAGAGAAAAUAUAUCCAGCAAUUCUGAUAUCGUACGAAGUUCGUUCAUGAAAAACAGAUAACGAGCAAUGAAAUAAUACAAUAUUCAAGUGUCGGAUAUCAAUGAGUGGAAAAGUGCUUCAUUUGUGAUCGAUUCAGUUUAAAAAAACGAUGAUGAAGUUACGUGAGCUUGACACGAUCGUUCGUUUCAUUUUUAUAUCAAUAUUAAUCCACAAUAAAUGAAAUAUCAGUAAAACGCGAUGUUCGAUUGCAAACGCGAUUAAAAAAUCUCGCGAUUGGACAAAAUUUAAGUGAUUUGUAUUGUAUAAAGUACAGCACUUCCGGUUUUUUAUCAUGGAGACUCGGAGGCUCAGUUUUUCGCGGGCAUUCGUGUGCUGUUCGAACAUUGUUUUUCUCAUCUCAGGAUUCGUUUUGAUGUCGCUGGGUGUUUUGUUGUUGGCCGAUAGCGAGCGGAUAUUGUUGUCGCGGCUCCUCGGACCCGGCGAUGCACAUCCUGAUCAGCCAUUAUUUUAUUAUCUUGCCUUUGCGAUCGUUGCGGUUGGAUUCUGCAUCGCCGUUACCGGGAUUCUCGGAUGCUGGGCUUCUUGUUUAUUCAAUUGCUGCAUUACUGCCACCUAUCUCAUCGCGAUAGUGUUGCUGCUCUUCGGAGAAUGCACCGUGUGUGUUCUCGCCGUAUUUUGGCCCCACCUGCUGGGGGUCGAUGUGAGACCAGCCCGUCUCAUUCGAGCCCUACAGAGAAGCUACGCCGUACCCGGACGCGAACAGUUCACCGCUGCUCUCGACCUUGCACAAACGAUGUUUUCUUGCUGUGGUAUAAACGGAAGCAAUAAUUAUGGAACGUCGUGGUGGCGACUGCAGGAAGUCGGGAGACGCGAAUUGGUCGUACCAAUGACAUGCUGCACUCUGAAUAACACGAAUGAUUACGAUGCUUUUCUCAAUCCUCAGCCUCAGGAUCUCAAGAUAUGUCAGACUCUCAAUCCUGCUGAGCACCAACGAGCUCGUCAUACGACUGGCUGUCUGGACAUGAUCGAAAAAUGGACCCAGGAACAAGCUCUGAUUCUGUUGGCCGUUGGUCUCGGAAUCGUUGUAAUCGAGAUUUCAGCGCUUUUGAGUACAUUUUUAGCGUGCUCAAAAGUAUCGACGAAGAAGAAAUCUCAAGCGUCGACUUUCACGUCGACCCAAACGUUGAGCCCUUUCAAUGAAGCGGAUCAGGGUUAUGGAGGAAUUGGAAUCGAGAAUCGAAUGCACAUGACGGGCACGACAUUCGGUGCGAAAUCAUGAAGGUGGCACGAGGGCAGCGAGGAGAAGAAUUUGACGAAACAAAUGUAUGACAAUGAGGAUAGAAGAACGAUGUGUAAGGUCCAGAAAUCUUAUGGCAUAGGUCAAUUGGAAUCGCGUUUACGUCCAAACGGCAAGAGCAUAAUAGAAGAAUGGCAAAACGCUUCGAGUCGAUGGGACGGAGUACUGCGAAGCGACGAAUAUUACGAGGAGCGCGGAGUAGACGUCGGUGAGGAUCCAAGGCGCUCGAACUCGUCACGAGGUUCCUUUAUGCGAGAAGAUUUUUCAGGGCGAAAAAAUUUGACGAACCAGAGUGGAAAAACGAGCUCGAGUACGAUCGUACAAAAGAUCGAUACCGAUGGAUUUACGAAGCAUGAAAAUGAGGAGCAAAAGAAUAAAAAUCACUCAACAGGAACCGUGAGAAGUAUUCCGAUCAAGGAUUAUCGUGCUUCGAUGGCCCACGAUAUGGGAACGUUCGGGAGACCGGUAUUGCUGCAGCAACCAUUCAAGACAUUCAAAUCCGAAGGUGAAUCAAGGAAUUUGCGGGAGUCAAUUAAUUGUUGCGGGAGGUCGAGCGGAGGCAUGACAUCGAGUGUGAAAAAUCGAUUUUCUCGGGCCUCAUCGACGCCACCGAAGAGCAACGUGGCGACAAACAUUUCGAACCGAUUUGAGGAGACUCAAGACCGAUCCAAGUCGAGACGGAGUUUGAAAUCGAGGAGGGAGCGAAGGAGGAACGAGACUAUUGAAUUUUUGCCGAAUUAUCGGUACUACGAUGACGAGGAAGAUUUUUUCUUCGAACCGGAAGUUUAUAAGUCUCGUGGAUCGUCGAAGCGACGUGGGAGAUCGAACGGCGACCGGAGAGAAACGAUGCCCGGAUCUCGUCCGGGAGACCGUGAUCAGAAUUGCCGAAAAUUCGACCGCCCCUCGCACGAGGAAGAUCGCGACUACGAGAGAAAACAGUCCGUCGAUUUGGAGCGUGGAAACGUCGUGAAAAAAAUUUCCGUUUACGAGGGUAAUGUCAGAACGUCCGUCAGGUCGGAUCGGGCCUCCGCCAGGACGAACGUGCACGACGGCGUCGUCGGCCAUCGGCAUCGAACGAUCGGCGUGCCUCUCGUCGGAAUGCACAACGCUUGCGGACUUCCGGUCGUCGCAGCGUGGCCGGACAACCGCUUCAUCGGUACUCUCCGCGUGCCAAGCAGACUCGUCAAUGAUAUUCGUUACGUCAACGAAAAUGCCAAUUCGCGAACACGCAGUCGAACUCAACCGAAGCGAAAAGCUCCGCAGCCUAGCGAUCCUUGCGAUCAGCGAUUGAAUCGCGAACCUAUUAUUGAAAAUAAAGUAGAACAUCCGGCCAACGAGAAAAUCGAAGACUCGGCCGGAAGUCUGUCGAGAAAACGCGUCUUAAAACGUCCCUCGUUCAAAGCCGAUCGAAUCAAUUCUAUGCCCUACAAACAACGCUACAGUCGGAGAAAUGCUCUUGGAAAAAUCGGUAACAAAGAUAUUCGAAGUAACGGAAAAAAUGGGAGUUUUGGUAAACGAUCAUUCGACAAAAGGAGCCUCAAAAGAUCGACUCUCUAUGCAAAGGACGAGGGCAAUGAAGUUGCUGAAGUUCUGACGAACCUCUGCUUAAAUCCACUCGCCAGAAACAAGGGAGCUUCGAAUAUGAUGUGGUGAAAAAGUUCAUUUAUUCUUCCUCCUAUUUUCGUGAGCUUUCGUAUUUUUCUGUAGGUAUUCAUUGGACAAGAAUUGGAAGAAUUUUUAUUGUCAACAUACCAAAGAGAUAUCGUCAAAUUUAUACUUUUUUUUUCUUUUAUCAUUUAUCGUUUUUUUAAUUCUACGAUAAUCUUCGCUGCCCUCGAAACAGUCGGUGGACUGUGUUUUUCUGUAAUUUUCGAUCCACUUUGUUGUGUUUCGUUAUCAUUUUCAUUAAAUCACUGACACCAUUUUUUUAAUUUCUAUUUAUUUAUGAUUAUCGUUUCGGAGUUUUGUAAGUGACGUUGAACAUUCUGUGUAUUUUUAAAAUAUUCCUAUUUAUGUCUUUUUUCAACACUUUUUCGUGUAUGCUAAUUUAUCAAUAAAUGGGAGCGUGAUUCACGGUGACUCGAAGUCUGUGAAAA